AUCAGCAUAGUUGAGUUUUGUUUGUAGUGAAAUCGUCAGGCUCUUUGUCUCACUGCAGCAGAAAUGGCGGAAGCUAAUAUUCAGGUAGCAGAGGAGCAGUUUAAGUGUUCAGUGUGUCUGGAUAUAUUCGAGCACCCUGUCACUAUUCCAUGUGGACACAGUUUCUGUAUGAAGUGUAUUAAGAAGUACUGGCAUAUUUGCGAUCAGUACAUUUGCCCCCACUGCAGACAACUUUUUAACCAAAAGCCUAUUCUUGGCAAAAACAUCAUUCUGGUUGAGUUUGUGGAGAAUUUCAAGAAGGCAAAGCUCAAUCCUGGCAGUUACGCUGGUCCUGGAGAUGUGCCGUGUGAUUUCUGUACUGGGAGAAAGAUUAAAGCUGUGAAAUCCUGUUUGACGUGCCUGGCCUCUUACUGCAAAAAGCACAUCAAGUCUCACAGUGAAGUUGCUGCUUUCAAGAGGCACAAACUGGUCAAUGCAAUUGCAAAUCUGGAUCAGAAGCUUUGUGCUGAACAUCACAGAGUUUUGGACGGGUUCUGUAGAAAUGAUAAGACAUGCAUUUGCUGGUUUUGUACUGACAAGGAACACAAGAGCCAUGAUACAGUCUCCGCUGAGACAGAAAGAAUAGAGAUACAGGAGCAGCUGGGGGAGACACAGACAGAAAUACAGCAGAGAAUCCAGAAGAGACUGGGAGAACAACUGGAGCUGAAGAAGAAUGUGGAAUUGUGCAAACUCGAUGUGAACAGAGAGGUAGUGGAAAGUGGAAAGAUCUUUGAUGAACUGAUUCAACCCAUUGUGAAGAUCCGGCACGAGGUUAUUGGGAUGAUUCGAGACAUUGAGAAAAAAGAACUAACAAAGAGUGAAGAACCCACGAAGAAACUGGAGCAGGAGAUUGCUGAGCUGAAGAGGAGAAACACUGAUCUGAAACAGCUUUCAGAGACAGAGGAUCACAUCCAUUUUCUACAGCAUAUUCACUCUGUUAUUGCCCUUCCUGAAGCUGAAGAUAUACCCGGCUUCACUGUCGAUAAGGAUAUCUCUUUCGGGACUGUGAGGAAAGCAGCAGCUGAACUGAAGGGUCGCAUUCAGGACAUGUGCAAGGGCGAGCUAGCCAUGAUAAUCAAAGCAGUGAAUGAAGUAGCAGUUCAGCAGAGUCUACUGCCUCCAGAGCCAAUGGACCGAGCGGAGUUAUUGAACUAUUCCUGUGAGCUCACAUUGGACCCCAACACAGUGAACAGGGUGCUGUGGCUGCAUGAAGGGAACAGAAAGGUGACAUGGGGGAGUACAAUGACCCAACCAUAUCUUGAGCACCCAGACAGAUUUGACUACUGGCCCCAAGUGCUUUGUAAGGAGGGGUUGUUUGGGACUCGCUGUUACUGGGAGAUUGAGUGGAUUGGGGAGGGGGCUUAUAUAGGGGUCACAUAUAAAGGAAUCCGCAGGAAAGGAGAUGAUGUUUCCAGGAUCUUUGGCUGCAAUGAUAAGUCCUGGAGUUUACAAUGCUCUGUUUCCAGUUACUCUGCCUGUCACAAUUACAGGGAAACUGUAAUAACAGCCCCUCGCUCCCCCAGAAUAGGAGUGUAUCUGGACUGUCCUGCCGGCACUCUGUCAUUUUAUGGAGUCUCUGACACAAUGACCCUCCUGCACAGAUUCCAAGCCACAUUCACUGAGCCGCUCUAUUCGGGCUUUGGAGUUACCUGCAACUCCACUGUAACAAUCCUGAGAGCUGAAGUAGACUUAUAAUAAUGCAUAAGUGGCACCCCGACAUUUUUCAAAUUAAAAUAUCCCCUUCAAAGCCCUAAUGCUAAUGAUCUAAACAGUGACAUAAACCUGAGCCCAGAAACCGAUUUGUGCAGUGUGGUAAAUAAGAGGAUCUAGAAUAGAGAAAACAACAGAGACAAACUGUCAUGUAGUUAUUCCAUCACCAGGUUUGAACAAGCAGUCAGUUUUUCCUACAACAGUAGAAAUUGAAUUUGGUAGUAGACAGUGUUAUGCUUCUUACUUUCAAUGCUAUUAUGUUCCUUGCCUGUUCUAGUUUCCGAUCGACGUUGUCUCAAGCCUUGCAGCUCAUUGUCAAUUGGAAUGUUACUAUGAUUUAACAGAUAAAAGUAGUUCUGUUUGCAUUAUGCGAUAGCAAUGCAGUAUAAUCAAUCACUGUAUAAUUUAUAACAGAAUCUAAUUAUAUUUCGAUAAUUACGUUUAGUUCAAGGAGGCUUUUCACAGCACUAGAAAGAUGAUAUUCCCACUCCAGGGCCCUGCACAGUAUAUGGUGACAUGUCAAGUAAAAUGACAGCCCUGACGACUGGUCUUGUCUACUGUGAUGUGUGGGAGUUACACUGUCACUAUGGGUUAUUGAUUAGCAUCAUGUAUUCCUGGACCAGGUGCUACUUCAUGUCUUAUUGCAACUCUGUAUUACAGCUAUGCUGCUGUGCCAGUAUAACAUGCAAAACAAAACUUCAUUGUGGACUGGAAACAAUGACAUUCUGAGAGGGUUAUUUUAGGAGGGUUUAUUAAACAUUUCCAAUUGUAUUUAGAAAGAAAUCAUGACAGAGUACCAAGAAAGCAUGCUGGUAAUCUUAUGGGUAUGUAUGUAAUCCUAGGCUCUAUUAUUUCUAGUUAUUUUAUGGUUUUGUUAGUUGAUGCUGCUCUUCAGUGCUGCGGGUAGUUUUUUUUUUUUAUAGAUCAUGUCAUGUAGAAAUAGGCUUGUGAUAAGAACACAACGCUUUUUAUGUUAGAUCAUUAUAUAUAAUCAUUGUAUUGAUUGUGGGGAUUUCCAGCUCGGCUUCAAGAUGAAAUACAGCUGCAGGUGCUGUAUGCCAUUCGACUUGUUUAAAACAACAGCACCCUUUCUAUCAGCUCACUGCUUUAUACCACUGGACCCUCUUUCUAUCAGCUCACUGCUUUAUACCACUGGACCCUCUUUCUAUCAGCUCACUGCUUUAUACCACUGGACCCUCUUUCUAUGAGCUCACUGCUUUAUACCACUGGACCCUCUUUCUAUCAGCUCACUGCUUUAUACCAUCCGACCUGUAUAAAACAACAGCACCCUUUCUAUCAGCUCAGUGCUUUAUACCAUCUGACCUGUAUAAAACAACAGCAGCCUUUCUAUCAAUAUUUUGUAAACCACUGCUCUUUAUCACUUAAAUUAAUCAGGUCUGUGUAACAAAGAGACAUCUGUCUGUAGCUGUACAUUGGGUCUUAUCACUCUGUCAAUCACAGAGUCUUUAUUAGGAACCACAAAUUAAUUUACUGAAACAGUUAUCUGUCUUCGUUGUGAUAUUUCAGAGUCCAAAUUCAGUAUAAAAUGUUGUAUUUGAAUGAUGUUUUAAAAAAUGCAUUCCAUAUUGCACAGCAUUUCGUGUAUCAGUUGUUUUACAUCUUAAGUUUAGUCAUGCAAUGCAACAUCUGUUCAAUAGAGAGCAGAAUAUGUAUUCUCUUGGCUUUGUGCUUUUAUGCUUUCAACGUGUAGCUUUGUAAUCCUGUGGAUUGAAACGUGUGUAUGUCCUUGUCAAGUGGAUGUUUUCUGUAAAAUAAAACAAACA